AAGUCUUCCCAUGCUUCUCUGAAUUCUUUGUAUUCAUCAUUUCUUAAAGUGCAGUAAUGUUACAUUACAUUCAUGUAACCCAGUUUGUUUAGCCGUUCUUUAGUUCAUGGAGCCUCUCCUUGUUUCCAUUUCUUUGCUACAAUAAACAGUGCUCCUAUGAAUAUUUUGGUGUAUAUGGGACCUUUCUGUCUUUGACUUCCUUGUGUCCACUGGGUUAAUGGGUGUAGACAUUUUGGUCACUUUUUAGCAUGAUUCCGAAUUGCUUUCUAGAACAGUUGGACCAGUUCCCAGCUCUACCAAUAGUGUAUUAAUGUCCCUGGCUUGUAGCCCUUGCAAUGUGAAAUCAAUCAAUCUUUUGUCAUCUUUGCCAGUUUGCUCUCUGUGAGGUCAAACCAUAUAUGAUUUUUUCAUAGAGUUAAUAGUUUUCAGUUCUUCAUUUUGAGCUCUUCAUACCCUUUGGCAAAAUGCAGUAUUUGUGUUAAUUCCCUGAAUAUCAUGGAUAUCAGAUUCUCUUCAGAGAUACUUAAUCUGAUUUUUUUUUCCCACUUGAAAGUUUAAGGACCUUGAUGAUUAAAAUCCUUCUGUAAGUAUCCAAUCUAAUAAUUCUUUUGGGAACUUGUGAUUAGACGCCUCUUAUUUUCCAGGAUAUAGCAAAAUUUUAUAUAUAUUUUGACCUGGAGAGGUAUUAUUAUAGUGAAUUAGUAUAGUGAAUAAAAGACUGGCCUUUGAAUUAGAAAGACUUGGGUUCAUAUAUUACCUCUACUACAUACUAGCUGUAUCACUGUGGACAAGUUAAAGAACAUUUCAGUGUUGUUGGCAGCUUCCACAAAUUAAGUUACAUAGGAGUUCCUGCACUGUACUGGAGUUAGGAGUUUUAAAAUGGGAAUUCCCAACUGCCUAGAACUUCCACAUCUUCAACUCUUUUUUUUUUUUUUUAAACUUGACAGAUGGAAGUGUUUGGUUUUCCAUGUGUUACAACCUAGAUAUUCUCACUCUGUGAUUGUUGGGUUUUAGAUAUUUUGGAUGAGAUAUAGUUUUGUUAGAUUAUUCAUCAAUGAUUUGAUAAGUAACAUCACUCAUUGUGAUUUAGUUUGGCACUGUUUUAUUUAUUUACUUUUUACUCAUUUGUCCUUGUUGAAGUGAUAUGGUGCACCAUGAAUUAGAAUGAGACGAUCUCUCAGUAAUUACACUACUUUGGGUUGCCAAAGUAGUACUAAAUGGUACUAAAGCAUAAGUUUCUAAAAUUGUCUUUACUUCUACUUUACUUUCUCUCACUAAGUGCUGUUAGCUUCCCAAUUCAAGGGAAGGAUUGGGAUAUAGACAAAAGGAAGUAGAAAUGUUGUCUUAACUUUUGGUGGUUGGUUUGGGUAAGCUUUACAUACUUGGACCUUUUGUCAUUUUCUGCUUGUUGCAUGACUGUUUUGUUUGUACACAUACUGUCCUAUAGGAUUAUUUAUAUUCAUUUCUCUUUGAGAUAAUGUCCUGUAAUUCUGAUCGUCAUCCUUUAUGAUCUGUAAGCUCACACGUCUCAUAUCAUCAAUAAAAGGCAAAUUGCUAAAAUGUAAUGAAAAAGUUGCUGUGAGUGUGCUUUGUAGCAUUCUCUUCCAGUUUUGGCUUGUGGAAUCCUUUUCAUAUUUGCCCUGAUGUUCCUCCAAAUGUAGCCAGUCUACUAUGGCCAAGCAGUAGCUAACAGAGUUCCAUGGUGACCUCAUAGAAGGACUGCUUUGGGAUGAAGAGAGGGAGCUGCUAUGAUGUCUUUUGCUCAAAAGGACACUUGACACUCAAAUGAACAAACCUCUUUCUGCAGGGUCCAGCAGGAUUAGCUGGUGAGAGUCACUUAACACAUGGUCAAGUAAAACAUAUAGCAAUGAAAAAUCCAAAGAAAGUACCUCAUCUUGUAAGGUCAAACAAAACAUCUAAGGAUGAAAAAUCCAGAAAACGUAUCACAUCUCACAAGUCAAAUGGACCAAAGAAUAUCCGAGCUAAAUCUGAGACAACCACAGCUAGUCAGUCUGUCUGCUCCCAGCCAGAUAUGGAAGUGUGUAUAACCCAGGAGAUCCUACAAACAUUGGAGAAAAUGUUUGAAAAGACUGCAGACCACAAUGGAGCUUUGAACAUGGAAAGUUUCCAAAAGGUGAUGAAGGAGACGUUUUCAUCUGUGACUGAUGAAACCCUGGAAUCCCUGUUCUGGAAAGUGGAUGCAGAUUGUGAUGGAUUGGUGACCUGGCGCAAGUAUCUAGAUUACCUGAUGCGAGAUUUCAAAGGGAAGGAAGAGAUGAGGAAAGGCCAGUAUCGACUGCGUCUCCAGCCUCCUAUGAGGAUUGUUCCACUGAAUCACGGACAUGAGAUUGUGAAGUUGCAAUUCUUGGCCAAUCAGUUUCAGGGAUCAGCUGGUCGCUUCCUUACUGUCACCAAAGACGGAAUCCUUCAGUUCUGGGAUGAAUCCUUCAAGCUGCUCCGGACAGUCCAUCUGGACCAGACACAUCGCCGCCACACCCAGCAGAUGUGGGUCAAUGACAUGGUAUGUCUGGAUAACAUCAACCUGAUGGCGGUUGCAUCCACAGACCAGGAUUUAGAAUUCUUUGACAUUUCUGGAAACAAAUGCCAAAGGACUUUUAUCUUUAUUGACCUGGACAGUUGUGCCUUAGUCAUGGAUUACUGGACAGACCAACACAAAGCCGUGUUUUGUGUUGGUGAUAUAAAGGGCAAUGUCCUCAUCUUUGUCUCUGAUGAUAUUGCGGAGUCCGGAUUGUUUCACCCACAUAUCUUCCAGAUCAAAACAAAGGUUGAUCUCGGGAAACUGGAACAAGGUCCUUACAUCAAAAUCUCUAUGCAGCAUCUUUUAACUAAGAAGUCUAAAGUACAUAGAAGCUAUCGAUUGAAGGCAAUUCACACCAACUGGUGUCAGCAGGUCAAGUUCAUCCCCCAGCUGAAUCUGGUGGCCUCUUGCUCAGCCAUUGACAAUACGGCCAUGGUCCUGACAAUUAUGCCAACUAGAACUGAUCAUCUAAAAAGCUCCAUAAUGACUCUGAGGAAGGGAAUUCUGUGUUUCGAUUACUGUCCAGACAGGAACUUCCUUGUGACAGGUGGUUAUGAUCCGAUCAUUCUCCUAUGGAAUCCUCUCUUCAUAAAGAAGCCCAUGUGGCAGAUGAAGGGACACCAGACCUCAGUGACUCACGUUAUUGUGAAUGGAAAAAGAAGCUGCAUCAUCAGCAUCUCCAAAGACAAAAACAUUCGUCUAUGGGAUAUACACAACUUUCUGUGUUUCCAGUCCUUUUCAGGGAAAUUUUUUGCCCUGGGAAAUCAUCCUAUUACCAGUGCUUACUUCCACAAGGCCAAUGACACCUUUAUUUGUGGUACCUAUUCGAUUGGGAUUCUUAGGGGCUAUCUGGAGGCCCAGGAAGGGAGCAGGAAAAUGGUGGAAGAGUCUACCACCCAUCAUACAGCCGUGUGUGGGGUCCUUUACAGCAAGAUGUUUAGGCAGGUGGUGACCGGCAGCCUGAAUGGCGUGGUGAGCGUGUGGGAGUUGAUGACAGGGAAGAAGGUGGUAGAGUUUUCAGCAUCAGAGUCCAAGGAUGUGGAGCUCACAGCGAUGGUCCUGGAUGAGCUGGAGCGGUGCCUCAUCACUGGCAUGAGAAAUGGGACAGUCAAAAUGUGGAAUUAUAACAUCGGGGUCUGCCUGUUGCACUUUCCCAAUCCAGACCAAAUGGAGAUUAGUGGAAUCACUCAUAUGAAUGGGGUAUUCUACGUGGCAGGGUGGAGUAAGAGGAUCACUUGGUACCUGUAUCGAAACAAGGAAGCAGUCCCCCUGUAUGACCACUGGCCUUACUUUCACACUGAAGAUAUCCUGUGUCUGGCCAAGUACCGUAGCCACAUCCUGGGAUCGGCUUCCUAUAACGGUGACAUUUUCAUCUGGAACGUCAGCUGGGGGAAGCCCUUUGUUCAUUUCAAUGCUUCGAGGAGUACCCUGGCCUUGAAGCCCAAGAAGGUCUUCAUGGAGGAGGAUCGCAUGACGCUUGCUGACUUAGUGAACAGGUCUAUCAGGAGCAAGAAGUCCUGGGCAAAAAAGUUCUUCUGGUGGCCCAUGAGUGGGCUGUCUGCCAAAGCUCAGGUCCGCAGGAACCUGACCUCCGCCCCACCUGCAAUGAGACGCACGGGAGGAGAGGAAUCAUCAAGACACAAGGAAGGAGAGAAAUCAUCAAGACACAAGGGAGGAGAGGAAUCCUCAAGACACAAGGGAGGGGAGCGGCUGUCAGCCCAGCCCAAAUUGCAGUGUGCUCCUCUUUCUUUACAGAAAUCUUACAGCCCUGCCACCUCUAAGACAGUGAACUUGGUGAGACCUCAAGGUGAAGCUUGGAUGCGGAUCAGGAACACACAGAAAGAAAAUGAGGAUUAUGCUAGGCAGAAAGAAAAGAAAGACUCAGUGGCGGCUGUGGAGAAGAUAAUUUUCCUGCCCACUCGGCUUCGGACCCCUCGAACAGCCACCCUUCUGAGCAGUGCUGGCAAUGGCUAUAUUUAUGCCUGGUCAAUUCAUGACAAAGGGGGCUUGUUGGGAAAAUUCCAACCAGCAGGUAAUCAGUAUCAGGAUUCAGUUGUUGGUGCCAUGGUCAGUGAUGAAAAGGACUGGAUCUUAAUAACUGGGGACUCCAAAGGCCACCUUAAGAUCUGGGAUAUCAAGGAUUACUGUAGGCUGGCCAGUGAACAGAAGACAUUCUCUGUCAGAGAAGAAAGAGUUGCUCAGGAAAAUAUUUACUGGAAUUUAACUCGUGCGGGCAAUCGAGUGGAAAUACAGCAGGAACCACUGGAAACUGAGGAGGUCAUUGGUAGCCAUGUCAUUUCCCUAAUCCCUCCAGAGCUCCUGAUCUCCUGGCAGGCUCAUAAUGAUGGUGUGACUGAUGUUGCCUUUGGGGAAUGUUUCCAUGUGAUCAUCAGUGCUGGUGCAGACUUUAAUGUCAAGGCCUGGAAGAUCUCUGGCGAGGCUAUUGGAACCUUUGGCUUGUGCCUUUGGAGAAAGCUUGUGCCUGCAGGGAAGACUGACUUCUACCAAAAACCAUCCAUCACAGAGCUGAUAACAGUGCCUGAGAUAAAGGAAGUCCCUGAGUGGGACAAAGAAGAUGAAUACACUAAGGUCCUGAUGCAGCAGCGCAGGGAUCAGAUGGAGCUGAUGUCUCUGCUGCACAGCAAGUCUCCGAAGGCCAUGGUCAGACUGAGGCAGAUGGCUGAGCAGAGUGUGCUGGGGUCUGUCAAAGCUGGAGAGGGGUUUGAGGACACUUGGAACAAGUGGAAGACAUCUGGGGUGCUGAAAAGUGACAUCGUUGGAAGCGCAUAUAAACCGAAGGAGCAGCCACGCCCGCCACCCACUCCACUCUUACCGCUGAAGUUUAUGGCAGACAAAGAGAUCUCGCCUUGGAUCUAUAGGAGCCUCCCUUGCAAAGACCUGCAAGAUUUGACUCAAUCCAACAUGGCCAUCUUGAAAACAACUCAGAUUCCUAGGAAAAAACACGUCUGGUUAGUCACCCAGCAGAUCAUCAGGAGCCUCUCUAUGAUCAAACAGAUGCCCAUGAUGGAUGCUCCCAUCCAGUCACAAAGCCUCUCUUUCUCCAGCCCAUUUUCAUCCAAGACUUCCUCGAUCACUUCAAUAUCUUCUUUGAAGCUGUCUUCAAUCUCCUCUCUUUCUUCGUUAAAGCAGUCGUCAGUCUCUUCAGCAUCAGCGAUCUCAAAGAAACUGUUACAUUCUUCCUCAGUAUCUUCCAAGAAGAAGGCAACUUCAACUUCUUCUUCAUCCACGGCCACCAAGUCGUCCAUCACGAUCAGUUCAGUGCCUUCAGGGAAGUCUUCGACACCAGGCUUAAAGCCUUUGAAGUCAAUCCUUAAAGUGUGACCUGGUUAGGAAGCCAGCCCAGGCCCGUUCUCUCAGUGAAGCUGCCAGCCCAUUGAGAUGAAUGUAAGAAAUGGAUGGACUCUUGGCUCACUUUAUCAGACCAAUUAAAAUGUGGGCUUGGUUGCCCCACUCUACCCCAACAUCCCCUCCCAGAAUUAUUCCCCUCUCCCAUUGAGACCUAUGUGUUACUUCUUCAGGAGAGAGAAAUAAAUUUUCUUUUGGGGUUCCUUCGUGCUCCCAGAUUAGGUUGUAUUAUCCCAGGAGGUGUGGGGAGAGGGAGGAGCCUUUUUCUGAGAGGGAUGGAUCAUAGUAUCAUCCUGGACCCAGAGUUCCCACAUAACUCACUAAUGGGGCCAUGUUGAUGUCUGAUGUGACCAUGUACAUGGUCUAGGGACAGAGAAUAUAGCUCUGUGCCAGAGUCUUUAAAAAGUUUGCCAGAUUUUUUUUGAGUCCUCUGUUAAUCAAGAAUAUUUUGACACUGGUCUCUUGGCUGUUCCACAAACAAGACAUUCCAUCUCUUGGCUCUGGUCAUUUCUCUGGCUGUCCCCCAUUUUCUAGAAUGUUCUCCCUGCUCUGUUCUGUCUGCUGAUAUUCCCUAGCUUCUUUGAAGUCCCAACUAAGAUUCCAUCUUUUACUGGAAGCCUUCCCCAUUCCCUCUUAAUUCUAGUGCUUUCCCUCUAUUUUCUAUU